AUGACGACCGAGAAACAAGACUUCUGGUCCGCCGAGGCCUACCAGGAUGCAGCCGCAUUUGUGCCCCGACUGGCCGGCAAGAUUGUCGGCUGGCUGGACGUGCAGAAGGACGACGUGAUCCUGGACAUUGGCUGUGGGGACGGCGUGCUCGACGUGUCGAUCGGCCACAUCCUCGCGCAGGGCCACGGCUCCGUCCACGGCAUCGACAGCUCGCUCGCCAUGAUUACGUCAGCCGAGACGGCCGUCCGGACAGCCGGUCUGAGCAACUGCACAUUUGAGGUUCUCGAUGCCAACGACCUCCCUCAUCGUCCCGACCUCCUGCAGGCUCGCUUCCACAAGGCCUUCUCCAACGCCGCCCUGCACUGGAUCCUUCGGCCACCCGACCGCCGUGAGGCCUUCUUCCGCGGCGUGCGCGACGCCCUGCAGCCGGGUGGCCUCUUUGCCUUUGAGAUGGGCGGCCUCGGCAAUGUGGCCGAGCUCGUGACCGCCGUCGUCGCUGCCGUCAGCCGUCGCGUCGGCCUCGCCGCCACCGUCGUCGCCGAUCCCUGGUUCUUCCCCGACGAGGCCUGGGCCCGCCACAUGCUCGAAUCCCGCGUCGGCGGCUGGUCCGUCCUCGCGGCUGAGCGCCAAUGGCGUCCAACCCCCGCCGGCACCUCCGGUGUCGAUGGCUGGAUCCGCCUCAUGGCACGCCCUUUUCUCGACCUCAUCCCCGAUCCGAUUGAGCGCGAGGCCUGCACCCGCGAGAUCGUCCAGGUCCUUGAGUACACCACCCGCCAGCCCGACGGCUCCUUCAACCUCAACUAUGUCCGGUUGCGCGUGCUGGCUCGGAAGAUAUGA